AUGGACGAGAUUCCUGAAGAGCUCGAUGUCGAAAUUUUGGGUCGCAAGCGUCCCGAUGUGUUCUCGUCAACAUUGACCGAGGCGAUAUUCGUGGGCUCUAUGUUGAUGUGCCUGUCAAUGGCGGAUUUCUUCAUCGGUGGGUUCCAGGUAGUCCUGCCAGGGCUAAUGGACCCUUUGGACAUCCCGGAGGCAUCUCGCACGUGGCCGUCUAGUGUCAUUACUCUAAUGGCUGGCGCCUUCUUGUUCCCAUUUGGUCGCUUGGCGGACAUGUAUGGUGGAUAUAUCGUCUUUCAUGCCGGUAUCAUCUGGUUCGUCACCUGGACCAUCAUCACCGGUUUCAGCAAAACCUUCAUUAUGCUUGUCUUUUGCCGAGCCAUGGAAGGCCUUGGAGCUGCGGCGUUCCUCCCCGCGGGAAUGUCGCUGCUUGGCCGGAUUUACAGGCCGGGGCCCCGUAAGAACCUGGUGUUCAGCCUUUACGGCGCCUUGUCUCCCUUGGGUUUCUUCAUGGGCAUGAUCGUUGGCGGCGUGUCCCAAAAGGCUCUCACCUGGGGGUGGUACUUUUGGCUGGGAGGCAUCAUCACCAUGAUGUGCUGUGUGGGAUCUCUCCUUACCGCGCCCCGCGAUUACGCUGAGGCUCGCAAGAGUGGCGUGAAGAUGGACUGGUGGGGCUUAUGCACCAUGGUCCCUGGCCUCAUCUUGAUCAUCUAUGCCAUCACCGACAGCCGCGUGGCAAAGUUGGGCUGGGCCGCCCCUCAGAUCAUUGUCUCUCUCGUCGCCGGUAUCCUUUUCCUUGCUGCUGCGGUCUAUGUUGAGGGCUGGAAGGCUGAGGCGCCCCUAAUUCCGCCUACAAUCUUCAAGGUCAAGUCCAUGAAGAGAAUGCUGGUCACUCUCUUCCUCACGUGGGGUGUCUAUUCGAUCUAUCUAUUCUACUCUAACUUUUACAUCAUCUCUAUCCUCAAGAAGGACUCCAUGACCGCGGCUGUAUGGUUCGCUCCCUGGGCUGUGGGUGGCUUGUUCCUUGCCGUCUCUAGCGGCCUCCUUCUGCACAUUCUACCGGGCCGCUUGCUUCUCAUCGUCUCUGGAACUUGCAAGAUCGUUGCCGUCCUCUUCUUCGCCCUCAUGCCCGAUCACCCCAACUACUGGGCGUGGGUCUUCCCAGCCAUGCUCGCUGAGGCCGCCUGUGUCGAUGUUCUGUGGACCGUGGGCAACGUGUUCCUUACCACCAGCCUGCCACGCCACCACCAGGGCAUGGCGGGUGCCCUCAUUUACAUCACCAUUUUUAUCAGCAGCGCUUUCUUCCUGGCUGUGACUUCGGUGGUGCAGGGAAAAUUCAAGGGCAUGGGCAUGGCCCCCAAGUCGCAGUACAAGGGCAUGUUCUGGAUCGGAGUUGGCCUUGGAGUAGUAGCACUCAUCAUGUGCUUCUUCGUGGACCUGGGCAAGGCCAGUUCUCAAGAGACGGUGCAAGACAAGACGGAGUCUGACCUGUCCAGCUCGGACUCGGAGACUGACUCUCCCAUGCCUCAGAAUGUUGAGGAGGCCAAAGAGGCUAAGGAGACCAAAGAAGCUGUGGUGGAGGUACGCAGCAUCAACUAA